AUGGCUCGGAUUGAACAAAGCUUUGACUAUAUCAUCGUGGGAGGAGGAACCGCAGGCAAUCGCAUAUCAAAAGCAUUCCCAAACGUGUCUCUGCUCGUCAUCGAGCGUGGCGUGGCUCAAGAUGAUCGAGUCACUCCAGCCCUAGGCUUCGCACCAGGUUUUGGAUCCGACAUAGAGACGAAUCUUCUAUCAACUCCUCAACCAAACUUUGAGGGCCUUGCUGUGUCUCAAACCUCGGGGUUGAUUCUGGGAGGUUCGUCCGCCGUCAACUAUGAGACAUGGACCAGGGGUGCUUCCAUUGAUUUUGAUCAGUGGGCGGAGAUUGCUGGAGACAGACGCUGGUCUUGGGAAGGGAUGCUGCCGUACUUCAAGACCAAUGAAACAUUCAUCCCGUCAGCGACACAGAAAAGCUUGCAGGAGGAGAAUGAGGAUCUUCACGGCACCGAUGGACCUAUCACGGUCUCUCACCCAAGCAACGCUGGUAAACCUCGAGAUUACCCCCUCCGGCAGGACAUGGCCCGCUUUCACCAGGUCUUGGGUGCCAAAUUGAUCCCUGAGAGCAAUGCUGGUAAUGUUAUCGGUUACACAGAGGUUGCACAGUCCAACUAUGAUGGCCAGAGACAAUUCGCUGCCAAGGCUUACCUAUUCGGUCCCAAUGUCACUGUUUGGACUGAAAGUGAAGUACAUCACAUCGACAUCGAGGAGCAGCGCGCAUCAAGAGUCACUGGUAUACGAUAUUUCGGUGGUGAGUCAGGCCGAAAGGCCGAAGGGUUCCGAGUUUCAGCCAACGUCGAAACCAUUCUCUCGGCUGGUGCUCUGUUCUCUCCAAAGCUGCUAAUGUUGAGUGGCAUUGGGCCAAAGGAAGAGCUCGAUAAGCAUGGCAUCCCCGUCAAAGCCGAUCUCCCUGUUGGAAAGAAUCUAUCCGAUCAUCCUUGCGUUUCUAGCAAGUGGACUGUAAACAGGAAGGAUGCAAGCAUUGGGGUCGGUCCAAUGGUGACCGAGAGUUGCGAUUGGACUGCUGGGCCGCCAAUGGAUUGGAUUGCUUUUCAUCGAGCAAAGGAUUCGACGUUGGAGGCAGUCUCACAGCAUCUAACCGCCGACGAGAAGAAAUACUACCUGUCCGAGGGUAAGGCGCACUGGGAAUGCUUCACCAUGUACGGACCGUUUGACACUUCUGAGCGCCCGAUAAAGAUUGAUCCUCCAGUGGGAGAGUCAAUCGUGAGCGUCUUCAACAUACUGGUUUCUCCAUUGUCCCGGGGAUCAGUGAAGCUCAACUCAAGUGACCCUGAUGAUCCACCAGUUGUCGACCCGGCCCUUCUGGCUUCCCCGGCUGACAAAGAAAUUUUGUAUGACGCUGUACGCUCAACCACGACCGCCAUGAAGAACCUCGAGAGCCUAGACGCAGUCGAGUACACCAUCGACGAAGCUCUUCGAAGUGAUUCGUCAAAUGAUGCUGUGGCAGCAAGGGUGAAGCAGGGAGGGAGCACAGUCUUUCACUAUUCCGGUACUUGCGCCAUGGGCACCGUGGUCGAUGCCGAAUGUCGGGUCAAGGGUGUUGAAGGCUUGAGAGUUGUUGAUGCCAGCGUUUUCCCCAUGCCGCUGGGCGCUCACUACCAGGCCGCUACAUAUGCGCUUGCGGAGCAGGUAGCGGAGAUGGUAGUAGGCAAUGUGUACAAUGGGUAG